ACGGGCGCUUAUUUGCGAGCCGGGAGCGAGGGUGUUAGUGAAUAGUAUAUUCCUGAUCCUGCUUCGGGCUCGCCAUGACCGUUGCCGUCUACUGUUGCUGCUGAGAGCUAUUCUGCGUCGCAUAAUUCCAUCAUGUUGUGUCUAUUCAGGAGGGCUGCUUCAGAGUUUCAUUUCAAACGCUUCAAAUGGAAUCCUCACAUUGUCCGAACUUUCCGCACUUCUGCUCCUGGAGAACCCACCGGCCUUUAUGGUUUCCCCAAUUUGAAGACUCCAAAAGGCUUUCGAAGAUUCGUUGACGAAGCUAUUGAAAGGUCUGGAGAACUCAUUACAUAUAUUUCUACAAUGGCAUCAACUGAAGAAAUAGUUAGGGCAAUGGAUGAGAUUUCUGACACGGUCUGUUCUGUUGUUGAUUCUGCAGAACUCUGUAGGCAUACUCAUCCGAACAGGGAAUUUGUUGAGGAAGCCAACAAGGCAUCGAUGAGAAUAAAUGAAUAUCUACAUCAUCUCAACACAAAUCAUGUUCUUUAUGAUGCGGUUAAGAAAGCUGAGCGAGAGGGUCAUGCUCUUUCUGAGGAAGCUCAAAGGGCAGCCAGGAACUUACGCAUGGACUUUGAAAGGGGUGGAAUUCAUCUUUCCACGGAGAAAUUAGAUCGAGUAAAUCAGCUAAAUGUUGAAAUUUCUCAACUGUGCAGAGAGUUCAAUGAAAAUAUUGCCACAGACCCAGGAUUUGUCGACAUAUAUCCUUCAUCUCGCAUAUCGAAACAGUUGCAAUAUCUUGCUAAGCCUAUCUAUCGAUCAACAUCUUUGAUAUCAAAGGAUCUGUCAAGGUCUGGGGAAAUCAUAAAAGAGAAAGGAUCCCGGAUAACAACAGACCCACAUACUCUUGCUUCUAUUUUGCAAUUGUCAUCAGAUGAUGAGGUUAGGAAAAUGGUAUAUAUUCAAGGUAAUUCUGUUCCAUAUGCAAAUAUUGAUGUUCUCAAGAGGCUUAUAUCUGCUCGACAUGAGCUAGCUCAGCUAAUGGAAUGUCGAUCUUACGCUGAAUUUGCGUUGAAGCCUAACAUGGCCUCAUCUCCAACAGUUGUAAUGCCAUUUUUAUCUGAGAUGAGCAGGGUGGUCCGGACAAAGGCUGAUGAGGAGUUAAAGUCAGUUGGGAAUUUCAAGAAACAAAGAUUUGGUAAAAGCUUUGAUUUAAAGCCUUGGGACGAGUCAUACUACACAUCAAUGAUGAAGUCCUCGGUUUAUAAGUUGGACUCUUCGGUUGUGGCAUCGUAUUUUCCUUUGUCACAAUGUAUAGAGGGUUUGAAAGUGCUGGUGCAGUCAUUGUUUGGUGCAACCUUUCAUAGCAUCCCUCUAGCACCAGGUGAAUCAUGGGAUCCACAAGUGCUCAAACUGGCUCUUCAUCAUCCUGAAGAGGGCGACUUGGGAUAUCUAUACCUUGAUCUGUACUCAAGGAAGGGAAAGUAUCCUGGUUUUGCUCAUUUUGCAAUAAAGGGAGGUCGCAGGAUAUCUGAAACAGAGUACCAACUUCCAGUUGUAGCUCUUGUUUGUAAUUUUCCAGGGUCAAGUAAUCCAUCAACUGUAAGGCUUAAUCACUGGGAAGUAGAAACUCUUUUUCACGAGUUUGGACAUGCUCUUCACUCAUUGCUUUCAAGAACGGACUACCAACACUUUUCAGGCACCAGAGUGGUUCUAGAUUUUGCAGAACUACCAUCAAAUCUUUUUGAAUACUAUGCAUGGGAUUAUCGAGUCUUGAGAAAAUUUGCUAGACAUUAUUCGACUGGUGAAGAAAUCCCUCAGAAGCUCGUAGAGUUGAUGCAGGGUGCUAGAAAAAUGUUUGCUGCUACUGAUUUGCAGCGUCAGAUCUUUUACGCCCUAGUUGAUCAGAACCUUCAUGGAGAGCAGUCAUUCCCUCUGAGAGAUACUAGCUCUGUUGUUGCUGAAUUAAAAAGAGAAUAUACAAGUUGGGAACAUGUGGAAGGCACACAUUGGGAGGCCCGAUUCAGUCACCUUCUCAAUUAUGGAGCAGGAUAUUAUAGUUACUUGUAUGCCAGAUGUUUUGCUGCUACCAUAUGGAAGAAGUUGUGCGAGGACGAUCCGUUAUCAUCAAAUGUUGGAACUGUUUUAAGAACAAAAUUCUUACAGCAUGGUGGAGCCAGAGAACCAGCUGCUAUAUUAGAUGAUCUGAUUGGGGAUGGGAUUUAUAGGCAAUGUAAUGGAGGGAUCAUUCCUGAUAUUGCCAGUCUAUCUGAUGAAAUGGAACUCAAUGUAGAAUCUCAACGACAGGCCCUUCUAUUGUAAGUUGAGUUUAAACACUUCAGACCUAAUCCUUUGACAUUAAGGGCACAGAGAUAGGAGAGACUAGGAGCAGAAGAGAACAAGAAUUUUUCGCUCUGUAGGUCAAUCAUAGGCUACUUCCAAAAAGGAAAAUUUUGUGGGUCCCAAGCUUGGGAGCGGAGCCUGGCUUGCCUUUGGCAGGGGAGAUUCAGUUUGCUGAAGGAGAUGAUUUCAUUCUAAGUUAUAUUCUUUAGAGAAUUUCUUUUUUUUUUUUUGGGGCCAAAUUUGGAGAAUUUCAUCGGCUUCAAGAUAGGAUCUGGAUGCCAUGCC